CUCGGUUCAGUACAGACGGAAGCAAUUUCAUUGAUAACAUGAAGCUCAUCAUAGUUCUGGUUGCGACCUUCAUUGGGUCGCUUUCCACGGUUUCCGGCCAACAACAAAUCAACCAGGAGUGCUUCACCCGGCCAAACAAUAAGGACCCGAAAGAGUGUUGCAAACUUCCGGACGUCAAGGCACCACAUGAGAAGUUCGCGUCUUGUAUGCAGAAGUUCCCGAAACCUAGUGGUCCGCCACCAUCCUCGGGUAGCCCCCCGCAAGGUCCUCCCCCUGGCUUCAAUUGUAUGGCACAGUGCAUCCUGGAACAGGAAGGCGUCAUGACUAACGGAGUGAUUAGUAAGGAUGCUGCUACCUCGGUUUGGGUAGCCCUGGUGGGAUCAUCACCCGAUUGGCAGACGGCUGCCAAAUCGGCCAUCGACACAUGCUAUCAGCAAAUAGCUUCGUUGGGAACUCAGAAGGACAGUUCCGGAUGCAGCGUGGCUGCCGGUGUCUUCAAGGAAUGUUUGCCCACGACGAUGUUCUCGAAUUGUCCAGCUUCUUCUUGGACCGCUAGUGCUGAAUGCGACCAGCUGAAGGCCCAUUUGGCGAAAGGAUGUCCUUUGAUGACUUUGUUUAAGGGCCCACCUCCACAGUAAAUAUUGAUGUUUUGGUAAAAGAGGCUAAUGGAUUAUUGAUUUUCUUUAAUAA